GCAGGCCUAGCUCAAGGAAAGUCCCUCCAAGCGCUUGGAAGAAAGCCCAGUCUGCGCAGAGGGGCGGGUUUUGGGGGCGCUAGGCGGGUCGGUCUUGGCCGACCCGCGGGUCAUCUGKAGCUUGUCCUAGUUAGGUGCUGGCCUGCCGCACUCCGGCAGCUCUGACUGAGUCUGCGCGAUGGGCGACCCGGAAAGGCCGGAAGCGGGCAUGCCCGAGCAAGAWGAGAAGUUAUCUUCAGAUACCAACGAAAAGGAAGUGAAAGCUAAUGAAGAGCCACUCCUAAGAAAGAGUUCUCGCCGAUUUGUCAUUUUUCCAAUCCAGUAYCCUGAUAUUUGGAAAAUGUAUAAACAGGCACAGGCAUCCUUCUGGACAGCAGAAGAGGUUGACUUAUCAAAGGAUCUCCCUCACUGGAACAAGCUUAAAUCAGAUGAGAAGUAUUUUAUCUCUCACAUCUUAGCCUUUUUUGCAGCCAGUGAUGGAAUUGUAAAUGAAAAUUUGGUGGAGCGCUUUAGUCAGGAGGUGCAGGUUCCAGAGGCUCGCUGUUUCUAUGGUUUUCAAAUUCUCAUCGAGAAUGUUCACUCAGAGAUGUACAGUUUGCUAAUAGAUACUUACAUCAGAGAUCCCAAGAAAAGGGAAUUUUUAUUUAAUGCAAUUGAAACAAUGCCAUAUGUUAAGAAAAAAGCAGAUUGGGCUCUGCGAUGGAUAGCAGAUAGAAAGUCUACUUUUGGGGAAAGAGUGGUGGCCUUUGCUGCUGUGGAAGGAAUUUUCUUCUCAGGAUCUUUUGCUGCUAUAUUCUGGCUAAAGAAGAGAGGUCUCAUGCCUGGGCUCACAUUUUCCAAUGAACUGAUCAGCAGAGAUGAAGGACUUCACUGUGACUUUGCUUGCCUAAUGUUUCAGUACUUAGUAAAUAAGCCUUCAGAAGAAAGAGUGAGGGAGAUCAUUGUUAAUGCUGUCAAAAUUGAGCAGGAGUUUUUAACAGAAGCCUUGCCAGUUGGCCUCAUUGGGAUGAACUGUGUUUUGAUGAAACAGUAUAUUGAGUUUGUAGCUGACAGAUUACUUGUGGAACUGGGAUUCUCAAAGAUUUUUCAGGCAGAAAAUCCUUUUGAUUUUAUGGAAAACAUUUCUUUAGAAGGGAAAACAAAUUUCUUUGAGAAACGAGUCUCAGAGUAUCAGCGUUUUGCUGUUAUGGCAGAAACCACAGAUAAUGUCUUCACUUUGGAUGCAGAUUUUUAAAACCUUCUCCUAUUUAAAGACCCUGUAGCCUUCAUUGGUAAAUAAUAGUCUAUUUUUCUCUACUUAAAAAAAACUUAACAUAUUUACUUUAAAGAAAUGGGAAUUUGAUCAAAGGGAAAUCUAAAACCAAAUUUUAAUUACAUUGAAUUUAUAUAAAUACACUCUAAUUUUCCUGUACAAUAGGAAUUGCUUUUUUGUUAUUGUUACUAGAAUAUAUUAUGGCAUUAUUUCGUGGUUAAGAGUUUGGGGUSAAGGGUCAGAUAUGGGUUUGAGGUUCUGCCCUUACUCCUUUGUGUGACUCUUGGCAGAUCAGUUAAUCUCUGUAAACCUCAGAGUACUUAUCUUUUAAAUAGGUAUAAUAAUAGAGUAAUAUGAGGAUCAAGURCUUAGUUAAUACUACCACCAUUAUCUUUAUUAUUGGUAGGGUUAAUUGGAGUGAUAUUAUGAUAAAAUGUCCUCUCUUUCAAAUAGUUACGAUUCUGGGUCCUAAGAUCUAGAAAUAAUUAGAUCCCUAUUUUUAAUGUUUGGGGGAAUAAUAUAAGAAUUUCCUUAGACAUAAUUAUCUACAUGAGGAUAACUUCAUUGAAUUUCUCAGUARAAAGGAAAUUUAGAUCUUAGUUACUUUGGAAGGGGUACUCAUAGAGUAGAAUCUAGGAGGUUAUCAUGGUGGUUGACCUUGAAAGCAAAAUGAUUCUUCUACUUCAGAAAUAAAAUGGUAACUGUUGCCAGAUUUAGCCCUGGAAUGUUUAGAACCAGGAUGAAUUGGCUAGAAUAGCAUUUCCCAAAGAAUAUUCCCAGAGCUAUUAGCCCCUCUAGAUUUUUGUGUGUGUGUGUGUGUGUGUGUGUGUGUGUGUGUGUGAGUAAAAGGGAUUUGGAGGUCAGAUGAAUUUGGGAAAUGUGGUACUCUCCAUUUUUCUUUAGAAUGUAUAUGUGAGACUUCAAAGACUGAGAAAGUCUACAGUCCAGACACUAAUCUAUCCUUGUAUAUUUCAAACAUACCCAACACAGAUCUGUUUUUCACCUAUUAAUAUCCCCCCUCACCUAGUGUUCCUCAGAACAUACACUGGGAAAAGCUGGCCUASAAUCACUUCUACRUACAGGAAAUGGACUAACAAAGGGAAAAUUUGAUAGAUAUUAUUGAAUCCUUUCAUAUUUGURUCUAGCUGAGGAAGGUAUCCAAGACUGAUUCCAGCUGUUUCUUAAUAUCCUUAAAAUUUUUCUAUGCUAUUAAAGGAAAGUGUCUUUCAAUGAAACUAUGUAUCUUGCAUGAUAACAGAUGGUGAGGGAGAUGGAAGUCUCUUUAAUGGAAACAGAGUAAAGACCAAGARCCUAGGCAGUCUGUCUGGGCAGUCUGCCCCUUCUUCAGUUUUAMGAAGUGUCAAGAGGUAGCUUCCUAUUCACAGCCAAGUGUACUUUAUAAAAUUCUGGAAGCUAAAAUUGAGAGAUUUUCUCUCUGUAUAAGUUUUUGCUUCUGUUCAUCAACUAAUUGAUCAAAACUGGAGUUCUCAAGUGAUGAAUGAAGGUCAUAACUUUUAUUAUUAGAAUAUCAAACUUGAGAUGUUCUGAUUAUCAUAAUUCUAUUUGUUCCCAGUUUGCCAAGUGUUUUUAUUUUUACAUCAUCUCAUUUGAUCACACAAAAGCUUUCUAAGCUUGAUAGGGAGCUAUUAUUGAAACAUUAUAGAUGGAGAAAGUGAGUCUCAAAAAAGUUGAUCAAGAUCUCAUAGUCACUGUCCCUACGGUAUAUUUUUUUUAGAGGUUGUCACAUCUCUUAAAUUUGGUUCUUUUCCAUCCAUCUUGAUUUGAUUUUUACCUAUUUCCUUGUUAAUUAAUAUGUCACAUAGUAUCACAGUAUUAAUAUAUAGACAGACUUUAAUUAGAAUCUCAAAAUACCACUGGGAACCAUUUGAACUAUAUUCAAGUAUUAUAUUCAAAGAUAUUUAUAUAUCUAUGAUAAGUUACACUGUUCAAAAUUAUUUAAAGCUGGUAAUAUUUAAAGGUAUCAGAAUGAAAGAAUAAAAGUUUUAUAGUGCAUUUUGCCUUUAUUUGAAUCCAGAUCUUUCUUAUAGGGAAUGACAGGUGCCUUAAUGUGAAGCUUAUGUAACUGCAUUUGGGGAAGAAUGCUUAAUACUAAAAUACUGAACUUUAAUACACUGGAUUUUGUUACAUUCAGUAUUUUAGACCAUUUUUAAUGCCUCUAGGUUGCAUAUUUAUUUAUUAUGUUCAGUACUUUUGUUCUUAGGUUUUUCAGAAUCAUGUCAUGAAAUCCCUUUUUAAUAUCUCACAAGAAAAAAUUGAGUAUGUUUAUACUGUUUCUCUUCAUAACACAUAUAUUUAAAUCAUGUCUGAGGUAGUUACAAUUAAGUUUAUUAUAUUUAGGAACAUAAAAGUGCAUACAUAGUUCURUGAUAAAUUGCACUUAUUAAAAAAUAUUUUAUUGCAGCAUGAAGAAUCAUGGCCUGGAAGRACUUAAAAAGACAGUUUGACUCAGUGUUUUCAGACAGGGCUGGAUUUUGCUGUCCAAUUAUAUACAGUAAUUAACAAUUACUUAUACAAUAAAAGUGUACCUCAACCAUGUUUUAUUAAAUAAAAAUUUUAUAGUCAUUUUAUUUUGGAAUAUCCAGAUUAUUCUGCUUCUUUUGCCAUUUUUUUCAUUUGUACAUGGAAAAAGUGAUUACUGAAAAAAAGAUUGUUGUAUAUAUAUUUUAAAAAAUAAGUUAUUUAGUUUUCAGAAUUUUGCAUUGCAUAUUGCAUUUAAGURUGAUAACAUCACUGUCAUAGAAUUUCCAGAUUUCCUUUGUACAGCUUAAGCUAAGAGCGAAAUGUCAUGAAUGCUGAUGGGCUGCAUGAAAGCCAAAUCAGACCUAUAUUCAAGUAUCAAGAUUUCGAACCAGGUUGAGUGAAUGGGUGGCCAACUCAGCAGAUUCUGAAUGAGUAGCACAGAAAUGAMAUCCUUUUUUCAUCAUUUCCCUUUAAGUGGUCUGCUCAUUUGUAAACUGCUGUAGGUUUGAAGAAUAUUCUUAGGACCUUAGGAGAGAGGAUUUAAUCAUUGAAUUCUGUAAAAGAAAAUAUAUGUAAAAGUGGAAGAUCAGAGAAUGAUUCUUUUGUACAGUUAAGUAAAUUCACAGUAUUCUUAAUUUAUGAACUUAACUAUUUUACAACUAUAUGUAGAUUUUUUAAAAUAGAUCAUUCAGCAAAAUUAUUUAGCAUCUACUCUCUAUAUAGAAAUCUUUAUAAGAUGGGAUAUAACAAUUUGUUUUUUGGUAAAAUAUAUUAUGGUCACUUAAACCAACCCCACAUGUACAGAAUUUGUAUUUUUUUCAAAGAAAGUUGUUGUUAAUUUUUGGUUUAGUAUGUUAAAAUAAA